AUGACCCAGUUAAAUAGAAAACGAAUAGCGAUUAUUGGUGCUGGGCCUUGUGGCCUUUCACAAUUACUUGCAUUCAAACAGGCUGAACAAGAUCAGCUAGUCGAACUUGUUUGCUUCGAACGACAAGCGGAAUGGGGUGGUCUUUGGCAAUAUACAGCAUUAACUGGUACUGAUUCUUGUGGUGAACCAGUACAUUCGGGCAUGUACCGAUAUCUUUGGUCUAAUGGCCCAAAGGAGAUUUUAGAAUAUGUCGAUUAUACAUUUGAACAGCAUUUUGGUAAACCUAUAGCAUCAUAUCCACCACGUGCUGUUUUAUACGAUUAUAUUGUUGGACGAGUCAAAGCUGGUGAUAUUCGUAAAUUUAUUCGUUUCCGAACAGCUGUUCGGCAUGUUGAUUUUAACGAUGAAACGAAACAAUUUACUGUGGUUGUCGAAGACCUACGCACGUACAAAACAACGUCAAAUUUAACCUUUGAUCAUGUCAUAGUUGCUACGGGACAUUAUACAAUUCCAAAUAUACCUGAAUUUGAAGGUAUCGAUCGGUUUCCAGGUCGAGUUUUACAUUCGCAUGAUUAUCGUGGAGCUGAUGAAUUUGUUGGUAUGAACUUAUUAAUCGUUGGUGGUAGUUAUUCUGCUGAAGACAUAGCUGUGCAAUGUUACAAAUACGGUGCAGGUUCAAUUACAAUUAGCUACCGUUCAUUUCCAAUGGGUUUUAAAUGGCCAGAAAGCAUAAGAGAAGUCCCAUUAGUACAACGAAUCGAAGGACGUACAAUUCAUUUCAAAGAUGGAACGAGCGUUGAUAAUAUCGAUUGUAUUAUUCUUUGCACUGGCUAUCGACAUAAUCAUUCCUAUAUGGCUGAUAAACUUCGAUUUCGUUGUAGUAGCAAUUUUUACAUACCAUCCAAUCUCUACAAAGGAAUCUUUUGGGUAGCGGAGCCUCGUCUCGCUUAUUUAGGUAUGCAGAAUCAAUUGUAUACAUUGAAUAUGUUCGAUAUUCAAGCUGCACUGGUGCGAGAUGUUUUUCUCGGACGUGUUACAUUACCAGACGAUACCGAAGAAAAACGUCAUCAAGACAUCCGUCAAUUACAAGCACGUGAAGAAGCAUUGAAAUUAGAUGAUCAUGAAGGAUUCAGUGAUCUUCAAACUGACUAUUUACGUGACCUUAUCAACUGUUGUGAUCCGACUACAGUACCGAAAUUUGAUCUGGACAAGUCGAAAGCCGGAAUGUAUAAAGUCUUUCAAGAUAAACGUGAUAGUAUUUUAACGUAUCGCGAUCAAUCAUUUCCAUCAAUAUUUCCACCAUUCAAACAAGCACCGGUAUGUAAAACAGUUUGGCUUGAAAACAAGGACGACUCUAUUGCAGGAUAUCUUUCGUCGAUUGAAACCGAAUGA